GUGACGUCACGUCUGGAGGCUGGCUGCUUGCGCUGCUCCCUCUGUUCACCUCCAACAGAGACAUUUUCCUGGAGUUCUCCGGACAGAGUCCGAUCCCCGCAGCAGCUCGGAGGCCCUCCACGGUGGAGCAAGACAGAACACGGAGCUACAUUCACUUCUACAGCCGAGGGACGGUUGGAGUUACACUCCCAUUCUUUACAUUAUUAUUAUUAUUAUUAUUAUUAUUAUUUCAAACGUUGAAAGCGUUAUUCACUGGGUAACGUUAGCUUAUUUAGUGGGCACCAGGAAUAUGCUCAGGAAUACAACCGUUGUCGUUACUCGUAAGAAGUGAAAGGAGUGUUUCAAGGAGCCGAACGUAACCUGGACCUCUUUCACCCCCCAAAACUUUUGUUUAACUUCCUAAGCGGUGUGGAUAUGGCUUGGAUUAGUUGGGGCCUCUUAUUUUCGUUCGGUUUGCUUAUCUCUCCGGUAUGUGUGUCAGCGGAGCAGCAGCAGAGCCAGAGCGGCUUCAGGAGACUGUACGUGCUGCAGCCGGGGCCGGGGACGGGGCCCGGGCCGGGGGCGGCCGGAGCCAACGGCGGGGUGCGAGUAAGCUCCAUCUCGACGCGUCACGGCGCGGCAGGGCAGCCGCACACGUACAACGUGGAGCUCUCCGCCAACUUCGGCGGUCAGGUCCGGACUCGCAGGAUGGGGAACCAAGCGGCUUCAGCCUCGCACUUGAGCCAGCAGCAGAGCCAGCAGCAGCUCCUGAAGCUGUCUGGGGUGAAUGUCUGCGGAGGCCAGUGCUGUCAUGGAUGGACUAAAGCUCAGGGAUCGCAGCGGUGCACACAGCCCAACUGUAUCCCUCAAUGCCAGAACGGAGGAAUGUGCCUCAGGCCUCAGCUCUGUGUCUGCAAGCCUGGCUCAAAGGGGAAGGCAUGCGAGCAGAAGACGAUGCCCACACAUCCCUUCCCAGCACUGCCUGGGAAUGGGCACACCACUGCUAACUCAAAUGGACACACUAAUGGACACAAUGUGGUGCCCCAGCGGCCCAUACCUCAGCAAGUUUCACCCAAUGGUUAUGCCUCUGCCCCCACUCCAUCUAACAACAUGGCCCAGAUGAAACUAAGUGUCAGGCCGGCCCCCCAGUUUGUACGACCAGCUUACAUCCAACAACACAUCCAACAACAGAUCCGGCCAAUGCACCCAAGUCAGAGCCAGCAGUAUGUUAUGAAGCCCAAAUACUACCACACACACACCACGCACACACAGACGCAUGUCCAGUCCCAACCUGAGAGGCCCAUCCCGCUAACAGUGGCACACAACCCCAUCCAUGUGGGCAACCAUACAGGACGGAUCAAGGUGGUGUUCACACCAACCAUCUGCAAGGUGACCUGCACGGGGGGCAGAUGUCACAACAACUGUGAGCUGGGAAACACCACCACCAUCAUCAGUGAGAAUGGCCGCGCUACUGACACCCUGACAGCCCCCAACUUCAGAGUAGUGGUGUGUCACCUGCCGUGUAUGAAUGGCGGGAAGUGCAGCACCAGGGACAAGUGUCAGUGCCCCCCUGAUUUUACUGGAAAGUUCUGCCAGAUGGCUGUUCAGAAUGGACAGCAGCAGCCGUCAGGCGGCUACAGCCAGUCUCAGGUCCACUCCACACACACCCUGCCCCUGACCUACAGCAACGGCCACAACCCUGUGUUCAGCCCCAGCAUUGUCAACAUCCACAUUAAGCAUCCCCCCGAAGCCUCGGUCCAGGUCCACCAGGUGUCUCAGCUGGACAACUACCACAACAUCGGGCAGCAGCUCAAAGCUUCCCAGGCAGGCUCCUCCUCCUCCACCAGCUACACCUACCAGCACUCAGAGAGCAGCCAGAAGAUCCAGCAGCACGGCUACAACAUGCUUUAUCCCAGCCCGCAUGGCUACCAGCCAAUCAGCUCCAAGAACACCCUGGGCCGCUGCUUCCAGGAGACGGCAGGGAGUCAGUGUGGGAAGGCUCUGCCAGGUCUCACUAAGCAGGAGCAGUGCUGUGGGACCAUCGGGACGUCCUGGGGUUUCCACAAAUGCCAGAAAUGUCCAAAGAAACAAUCUAUUCCUCUGAUAGAUUGUCCUCAGGGUUACAAGAGAAUCAACAGCUCUCAUUGCCAAGAUUUCGAUGAGUGCCAGCUGCAGGGGGCGUGUCCUAAUGGGAACUGUCUGAACACUGUGGGCAGCUACAGGUGCAUGUGUAAACCCGGUUUUGUUCCUGACCCCACACUCACCACUUGCAUACCCAACACGCCUGCCAUCCAAGAGGAGAAGGGGGCUUGCUUCCGUUUGGUCAGCUCAGGGAGGCAGUGUUUGCACCCAGUGUCUACCCAACUGAGCAAACAGCUCUGCUGCUGCAGUGUUGGCAAAGCCUGGGGCCCUCGUUGUGACAAAUGCCCUCCUCAAGGAACAGCUAAGUUCAAAGACAUCUGUCCCGGUGGAAUGGGCUACACUGUUCUACCAAAUCCGCCUGUCAAUAAGCCAGUCACCGUUCACCAGGCACCCAUUGAGCCUCUACCCCUCCAACCCCUGCCAACACCAGAGAGACCAGUGGAGGCUUUUGGGAAACCAGAAGAGAUUAUACCAGUAGCAACAGCUGCACCAGAUGAGGAGCUGGUAGUUCCUGUGGUUAGUGAUAGGCCAGUAGUUGAACCCAUCCUGCCCCAGCUAUCUCCGGGUGUAUCUACUGUCAAGAUUGAGGCAGCCUACCCAGAGGUUGUUGAGAGGAGCUCUCCACCUGAACCAGUGGAGAUCCUGCCAUCUAACGCAGGCCAGGACAUCGCCCCCACCCAGUCAGCUGAGGUGGAUGAGUGCCAGAUCAACCCUUAUAUUUGUGGCCAGGGGAUUUGUUACAACACAGCAGAGGGUUACACCUGCCACUGUGAUGAAGGAUACUACCUGGAUGACGCCCAAUCCACCUGUGAAGAUGUAGAUGAGUGUUUGGAAAGCCCAUCUUUGUGCUUUGGCGGUCACUGCAAGAACACAGAGGGCAGUUUUCUGUGUGUGUGUGCGCAGGGAUUCCUCGUGGAUGAAGAAGGAACUACUUGUGUUGAUGUGGAUGAGUGCCAGGAUGAGCGGAUCUGUACCCGGGGCCACUGCCAGAACACUGACGGCUCAUUUCUGUGUCAGUGUGGGCCCGGCUUCGUCCUGUCUCCGGCUGGAGACCGCUGUGAUGAUGUGGAUGAGUGUUUGGAGGAGCCCGGGCCCUGUGAGGCCGUGGGCCAGUGUGUCAACAACAUGGGCUCAUACAGCUGCAGCUGCCCCCGGGGGUACCGGCAGAUCAAUGGCACCCGCUGCACAGAUGUUGAUGAGUGUGUGGAUGAAGCAGAGCUCUGUUCCCCCCACGGCGAGUGUCUCAACACAGACGGAUCCUAUCUGUGUGUGUGUGAGAGGGGAUUCACUGCAAACCUCGACACACCCUCCUGUGAUGAUAUUGAUGAGUGUGGGCUCAAUGAGACGUUGUGUGGCCCUUAUGGCUACUGUGAGAACAGACUGGGCUCCUUCCGAUGCCUCUGUGACCAGGGCUACCAGGAGUCCCUGGAUGGCCAAGGCUGUGUGGAUGUGAACGAGUGUGAGCUGCUGAGCAGUGUGUGUGGAGAGGCUCAAUGUGUGAACGCUGAUGGUUCCUUCCUCUGCGUAUGUCCCAGUGGCCAGGACUAUAACGUCAUGAUCGCCAAGUGUGAGCCCGUUCCCACAGUGUCAUCAGUGGAGCAUAAGGAGUGCUACUACCGUCUGAAUGACAAAAACCUGUGUGAGAGUGUGCUGACCAGCCAUGUCACCCUGCAGGAGUGCUGCUGCACUCUAGGAGCCGGCUGGGGGGACAACUGUGAGGUGUACCCCUGUCCUGUCAAUGGCACAGACCAGUUUGAUCAGAUGUGUCCGUCUGGAAGAGGAGUUAUUCCCAACGGAGACUUCCUAUACGGAGUGACCACAGCUGACAGCUACAAGGAUGCAGAUGAGUGUACUCUGUUUGGCCAGGAGGUGUGUAAAGGAGGCUUCUGUCUGGACACUGUGGGCAGCUACGAGUGUUACUGUAAGACGGGACAGGACUAUGACGCUGCAAAUCUGCAGUGCACAGACAUGGAUGAGUGUGUGGAUGAGUCUCUGUGUGCUGGUGGACAGUGUCUGAACACAGAUGGCUCGUACAUGUGUUUCUGUACCCAUCCCAUGGUGCUGGAGCCCAGCAGUAACCGCUGUGUCUUCAUUCCUGAGGCAGCUGAGCAACAUGAGGCGGAGCAGACGGACUACCAAGGGAUCUGCUGGCAGACGGUGACACAGAGCAUGACGUGCACGCGGCCACUGGGUUCCGACAGGAAGACCACGUACACAGAGUGCUGCUGUCUGCACGGCGAGGCCUGGGGCAUGGAGUGUGCCCUGUGCCCCUUCAGGAACACUGAAGAUUAUGCGUCCAUGUGUAACCUUGGCGGGCGGCGGGCAUACGGUCAUGACGCCCUUGUUGCUGGCCCUGUCCAUGAAUAUGAAGUGAGCCCAGACUAUUCACCAUUACCUGAUCCUGUCCUGCCUUUUUACGAUGAGGAGCCUCCAUUCAAGGCCUUUGAGGGUUUGCGAGCAGAAGAGUGUGGGAUACUGAAUGGCUGUGAGAACGGUCGGUGUGUCCGGGUUCAGGAGGGUUACACCUGCGACUGCUUUGAUGGAUACACCCUGGACCUGUCCCGCAUGGCCUGCAUUGAUGUGAACGAGUGUUCAGAGCUAAACAACCGGAUGUCAUUGUGUAAAAAUGCUAAGUGCAUCAACACAGUGGGCUCCUAUCAGUGUGUGUGUCUGCCAGGCUUUGCUGCCUCUGACAAACCCAACUACUGUGUGGCCCCAGCAACACACCAAACAGCAACACACACAGGGAGCAUGGACGGACACUAGGGGGCGACAAGAGACACUAUAACCACACGCACAAGCUUGUAUCACUAUACUUGUGAGGACGUCCACUGACAUUCAGCCACUGCAAAAUCCUCAACACUAACCUUAAAGCUCCCUGGUUUGGUUUAAGUGUCGAGCAGCACUCCCAAUCCAAAAACACCUCUUAGUCAGAAGACACCUGGAGGAAAGGUAGAGAUGUGGUGGUCAAAUAACACAAUCAGGGAGUAUACCAGUUAAAUAUAUUUGUAUCAUUUUUGUCCAACAUCUAAAUCAAACCAAAAGAACAUGCCCUGUUCUGAUUUGAAUCAUUUAAAAACUAAUCCAAAUCCACAUCUGCCAUUUACCAGUGUCAUGUAUUUUUUCUCACUUCCUGCAUUCCCCCUCUGUUCUAUCUACAAUCUAUUAUCUACAAUAAUUAUGUUACUUUGGGUCCUUCAUCAUUUUAGUAGUUUUCCAAUGCAGACAUUUUAAAAAUAAAACAUUUGUAAUAUUAUAAAGUACUCCCAAUUUUAAAGCCUAAUUUUGUAGAAAGCAUAACAGUAUCUUUUUAAUGAAUUCUCACAGACUUCACUGUCAACAUUGCAACAUGCUCUGGUUUCUUUGGUUAAAGGAAUAGUUUGUCAUUUUGGGAUAUGCUUAGUUGUGUUCUUUCUAGGAGUAAGAUGGAAAAUGUCAUGUCAAAUAUAUGCAACAAGGCGGAAUGGCAGAUCUCUUAAUACAGCCAUGUUUAGCAAAACGUUGGGUACAUGCCAUGGACAGCUUUUUUCAUUCCAACAGGAAGUUUUAAGGCAUUAUGUAUAACAUUCAGACACUCGUGGGUACAUGUAAUGAGCCAGGGAGUAAAUAGGGAGUGAUUUUGGACAUGAGUCUACAGCCACAUGCAGGUAUAAUAAUUGGGUUGUUGACUAUCUUAGUUUAUAGUGUUUGCAUGCUAGCAUUUGCUAAUUAGCACAAUACAUUUAAUACCAGCUGACUGUCAUUAGUUCUGGAGGUAUUAAGUCAUAAACCAAAGUAUAUCAUUUGACCUGAUUAUGGCACUGGAUGAAAAAUCAAAGCAUCACAUUUAUUACAAUUCAUCCUCUGGAAAACACAGAUGUCUGAAACAAAUAUUGCUGCAAUCCAUCAAAAAGUUGUUUAAUAAAAAUAACAAAUGUCAACCUGUUUAUGGCACUAGUGGAACACCAGAUUCAGUACAAUUCACCAUCUGGACAUCUAUCCACCAGCUGAGACAUGUCCGGAGUCAUCACCAGCUGACAUUAGCCCCACUGCUAGGGUGGACCCCCCCCUAUAACUAACCCAUCAAUUCCCUACAUGUAUGAUGUAUUGUCAGAAUAAAUAAUAAUCAGUGUUUUUUUUCACAUAGCUCAAUAUUUGAUGGAAUCCCUGAUGAGUAAUUUAUAGUAAUGUUUAAUUAUGGUGUAUGCAUUUCAAAUUAUAAUUUUAAUUGUUAACAUUAAAACAAUGGUAAAUGCUUAAUUGAACUCUCACCUUAACCUAAGAUGUGUGGAUCGACUAGUGUGUCUUCAAGGGCUUCAUCACUAUUUAAAACCACUUAGUAGACACUUGGUCCGUAAAGUAUAGAAAUACAACAAACACACACACACACACACACACACACACACACAGUACUUAAUCAAAGCCCAUAUAUUCUGCACUGUAUCAGAAAUCUAACUACAUGAAACAAACAGUAAUUUACUUGAGAUGAAGAUUCAACUUAAUCUACUAUGUGUGGGAUAGAAACAGAAUUGUAUAAAAUGUGUUUUGUCUGUUGCUUUUCCAAGUCUGUUCCUUAUUUUCUUUUGAAGUGGCGUUGUAUGUGUGUUAUAAGAGGUCGUUUUGCUCAUUUAACGUAUCGACAAACCCUAUGGACUUGUGCUGGGGGAUCCAAUUGUUAUUUUCUACCCAGUCUAACUGAUUGUGGAUAUUUAAUUCUGUGAAGAGGCCAACUGUCUGCUCCCUCUCUUCCUCCGUUGCCAUGCCUCUGUCUGCCAUAAAGAAAAGCUUGUUUCAACACUAAAGCAUCACCUAAUCAUGUAUUAUCCACACUUUUGUGGGAUUUUGUCUUUGUGUUGUAAGAAUGGUAAAAUGCGGUCAUAAAAUUACUUGUUUUCUGGGACAUAGGACAAUUCCAGGAUUCAUGCGUCUUACCAAGAGACUUUGUUUCCUGGUAUUCCUUCCCUUCUUCCUUCUUUAGACACAUGUUGAGAAGACUGAAAUGUGUUUUAUUUUUCAUACUUCAGUUAUCUGUGUUUUACAGCAAAGUCUUGCCAAGUUGUAAAGCUGCUAUGGGACAGCGAUGGGAGAGAAGAAACUUUACAUUGUACAUUUAAGCCGAGUGGAGAAAACAGCUGAUGUAUUUGUAAUUUGUACAUGAAUAAAUAACUUUUUCUAUGAAUUCAUAUUACACUGUACAUUAAACCCAUUGGUAAUAAACCACAAAUUGUGAUAUCUGUG